CUUUCCGUCCACAAUGCUGCUAGAAUUAAUCAAUAUUCUUUAUUAAGAGCUCUCGUCGAAGAGAACGAGGAAAUAGUGAAUGCUAAGGACGAGGAUGGCCGGACUCCCUUGCAUUGCGCGGCUGCAUCCACUGCAGAUACUCUCGAGAUUGUCAUAUAUCUCCUUUCAAACAAGGCCGAAGUCGAUAGUAAAGACCCCAGCGGAUGGACUCCUCUUCACUGUGCAGUUAGCGCCGGCCAAGAGGCUAUAGUCAGAGAACUCCUCGGUGCUGGUGCGAAUGUGAACGAAAAGACAAGCCAGGGAAUGACUCCAUUACAUUAUGCAGCGUCGAAGAACCAUAUUGAUGUCGGAAGAUUGCUCAUCGAACAUGGUGCUGAUUACAAUUCAAGGAAUAAUGCGAACCAGCUCCCACUACACCGAGCAGCAAGUCCCGGCUCAAUAGGCUUUGUCCAUCUGCUCCUAAACCCUCCCGAAGGCUCCCCUAAACCAAGACUCAAUACGGGUGAUAGAGUUGGAAACACGCCAUUACAUCUUGCAAUGGAAUCCGCCUACGCUGAAGUGGCUGUUAUGCUCAUUGAAGCUGGUGCUGACAGAGAAAGAACGAAUGUUGAUGGCGAGAUGCCUGAGCAACUUGCAGGUGUAGGGGAUCCAGAGCAGCGUCGUGCAAGGGAAUAUGUUCAAGAUAGAUGUGGUCCACCUGGUCUACAUAAUGUAAGAGAGCAAUAGAAUCCGUAUACUAUGUGCUUCCACUGCGUCGAAUAUUGCUAGAACCAGGACUAGGAGAUUGAGGGACGCUAGGACCAACGGCGAGAUCUCCGUUGAUGAUAUCUUGUAUCGAAGUUUCAAGUGCAUCCACACGGGUCGACAUUUGGUUCAUACGCUCCAGAAUCUGGCCCGACAUCUCGUCAAAUUUGGACUCCAGCCGCUCUAAAAGGUUCUCCAC